GUUGUUGAUAUUGUGUCUGGUAGUAAAUAAAUGUGAGUUCUGGUGGUUUUAAACAAUAAUAGUGUUUUAAAAUGGCAACAAAACGCAAACCGGACACUCAGGUGCCCGCAGAAGAAAGCGAUUUACUCUCUAUAAGACCACUGGGUGCUGGUCAAGAAGUGGGUAGAUCAUGCAUAAUGCUAGAAUUCAAAGGCAAGAAAAUUAUGCUGGAUUGUGGAAUUCAUCCAGGUUUAAGUGGAAUGGAUGCUUUACCAUUUGUUGAUUUAAUUGAAGCAGAUGAAAUUGAUUUACUUCUUAUUUCUCAUUUUCAUUUGGAUCACUGUGGUGCCCUACCAUGGUUUCUAUUGAAAACAAGCUUCAAAGGCAGAUGUUUCAUGACCCAUGCAACAAAAGCAAUCUACAGAUGGCUGCUUUCUGAUUAUAUCAAAGUUAGCAAUAUUGCUACUGAGCAAAUGCUAUACACAGAAGCAGAUCUUGAAGCCAGCAUGGACAAGAUUGAAACCAUUAACUUUCAUGAGGAGAAAGAUGUGUUAGGUGUUAAGUUUUGGGCUUAUAAUGCUGGGCAUGUUUUGGGAGCUGCCAUGUUCAUGAUUGAGAUUGCUGGGGUGAAAAUUAUGUACACAGGUGACUUUUCGCGUCAGGAGGAUCGGCAUUUGAUGGCUGCCGAGAUUCCUACUGUGCAUCCAGAUGUCCUAAUCACUGAGUCCACUUAUGGAACACAUAUUCAUGAAAAUAGAGAGGAUAGAGAAAGCAGAUUCACUGGACUUGUGAAUGAUAUUGUUCAUAGGGGUGGAAGGUGUUUGAUUCCAGUGUUUGCUUUAGGCAGAGCCCAGGAAUUACUUUUAAUUUUAGAUGAAUAUUGGAGUCAACAUCCUGAAUUGCAUGAAGUACCGAUUUACUACGCAUCAUCACUUGCGAAAAAGUGCAUGGCAGUAUAUCAGACAUACAUUAACGCGAUGAAUGAUAAAAUUCGGCGGCAGAUUGCGAUUAAUAAUCCGUUUGUGUUCAAACACAUAUCAAACUUGAAGGGAAUCGAUCAUUUCGAGGAUAUUGGACCCUGUGUGAUAAUGGCCUCACCUGGUAUGAUGCAGAGUGGUUUAUCCCGCGAAUUGUUUGAAUCAUGGUGCACAGAUGCAAAAAACGGUGUGAUUAUCGCUGGUUAUUGCGUCGAAGGCACAUUAGCCAAGACAAUCCUAUCUGAACCUGAAGAAAUCACCACAAUGUUGGGGCAAAAACUGCCGUUAAAAAUGAGCGUCGAUUAUAUUUCUUUCUCUGCGCAUACAGAUUAUCAACAGACGAGUGAAUUUAUCCGAAUUCUAAAACCACCUCAUGUGGUGCUUGUCCAUGGCGAACAAAAUGAAAUGAGUCGUCUUAAAGCAGCUUUACAACGUGAAUAUGAAGAUGAUCCGAAUACUACGAUGCAUUUACACAAUCCGCGCAAUACGCACGCGGUUGAAUUGUAUUUCAGAGGUGAAAAAACAGCGAAAGUUAUGGGUGGUUUAGCUAUCGUCCCACCGAAAACCGGCAAUGUUUUGUCGGGGAUUCUUGUUAAGAGAAACUUUAACUAUCAUAUGUUGUCAGCUGAGGAUUUGGGAAAAUACACAGACAUGAGUAUGACUCAAAUCAUUCAACGGCAGAGUAUUCACUACUCGGGCAAUCUGAACGUCCUCCAUCAUAUGAUGUCGCAAGUGGCUGGACUUUUGGAACUGGUCGAAGGUGAUAAGAAGCUGAGAGCUUUCAACGCGGUUGAGAUCACGAUCGAUAACAAAAUUGUCACACUUGAAUGGUUGGCAAAUCCUAUAAAUGAUAUGUAUGCAGAUGCGAUAGUCGCCGCCAUUUUGCAAGCAGAGAUGUUGGAUACGCCGAUGAAGCAUACAUCAAGCAAUGCGAAAAUCGACCGUGCACACUUUAAAGAAUGCACUGUUGAUAUGUUACAGGAUAUGUUCGGUGAAGGUUCUGUUUCGAAAGUUACGAAAGGUGAAUGUUUAGAUGUGACUAUCAACGAAAAGAAAGCCGAAGUUAACCUGACCACACUGGAAGUGACUUGCGAGGAAGACGAAACUUUUCAACAAAUCGUCCACACGGCUGUUACUAAGUUGUAUCAAGCUUUGGCCCCGCCACAAAUUGAAACAGCGACCAAUUAAUAUAUAAAUUGAUAUAUUUUAUAUCUUAUUAAAAUAAUAUAAGCAUAAUCAUAGAAAA